UUUAACGCUUAAUAUCUCGAUUCUCGGGGCAGAGCGACGCUUAUUUCUGCCGGAUUCCUUCGUUUUAUGGAAAAACGCAUCGAAUGAGUACAAUUUAAUCGAUUUUUGAGAGGAUUGCCUUCCAUCGCACCUUUACUAAAAUAUAUAUAUAAAUUAAUAUUUGGAAAUGAGCACAGAUAAGGAAGAAUAAAGACUUGCGGAAUCAACGAUGGAGCAGAUGGAGCUUGACGAGCUUGAUCAAAUGGAGCAGUCCGUAAAACAACUAAAUACAGCAAUCAACGAAUUCCAGAUCGGUGCGAUCUCGCUGAACGAGCUUAGACCUAUUGAAGAGAAAGUCUAUACGAUUAGGAAGUCGUUGAUGCCCCUGAACGCUCGGUUAUUAAUGCUUGAAGCAAACUACAAACAGAGAGAGCACGCCGAUGACACACACAGCGAGAGCCAGGAUAAGGUCAAAAGCACUCUGCAGAAUGUCACAUCCGACACGCUCCUAAAUGCCAAGGCUGCCAAGUUGUGCAUUCACAGCAGCACUAUUCUCUCAAUUCUCAGUAACAAGGAAGGCACUGCAGAGGACCAAAAGAAAAUCAACACCUACAUGCGUGAACUUUUCACUCUCAAUGACAAAAUUAUGGAUGUUCAGAAUGCUAUCGAGGAAGCGUCUCAAGUACAAUUAGAUUUGAAAGUUAAAUGUCAGAAGGCACUAUUCGAACACCGAAAAUUUCUCAAAGAACAGGAGCAGCUACGAAGCGAAAGAUUGCAGAAAACGGAUCCUGGGAUUGUAGAAACUCAACACAAAAUGGAAAUGACAAUACGAAAAAUAAACGUAAUAAAGAAAAUUAUUAGAAGCUUCAUAGCUAUGUCUAGUCACUUGCUGAUGGAGGAGCCGAUACUAGUGGAGAUGUUGGAGAAUCACAGAGAAUUGCUAAACAUGAAAACGAUAGUGAAAAUGUCGCAAAGUAACGAAGAGAGACAGACAGACAGUGAAUAAAAGAAUGCUCGAGGACGAAGUAUGCAGGAAUUUUCAUUAAAAACUUUUUUCACAUUUUCUUACUGGCUAAGCAUAAUAGACACAAUAUAUAUU